GGAGUUGUUAAUUUUACAAAUUCAGUACCAGGUUCAAAUUUUCUUUAAAAGUUUUAAUUCCUAACUGACCUUUUUUUCUGUUUGCUUACACUCUGUGAUUCACCUAUCUGUCAUCUCUCCAUGAUGCCAAAAUGAAGUAUACUGCUCUUCACUGGGCUGCAAAAGCAGGCAACUCAGAUGUUGUCAAGCUUCUUGCCAACAAGAUUGGUGUCAAUGUCAACCAGAGAUCUUAUGGUGGUUAUACUCCUCUUCAUCUGGCAGCCAUUCAUGGACAUGAAGACGUCAUUGACCUUCUAGUUAAUACAUACAAAGCUGAUGUUAACAUCCGAGACUACAGCGGCAAAAAGCCUAAACAGUACUUGAAAAACUCUGCAUCUUCUCAGGCUCAGCAACUGCUGGUGUCGAGGAGGCUGGGAGCAGACUUAGGCUCGGCGCGGUCCGUGGAUGAUUCGUUCGUGCGCUCGACCAACGCUCGUAAGAGCAACCGCAUCUCCUCGCUGCUGCAGGCCACGUCACCCCUCAUGCGCCACACCUCCAUGCGCGGCAACUGGGACGUCGUCGUGGAGGAGAGGGAGCCCGGUGCCCAGUCGUUGGCCUCGCCAUCAAUGAGGAGGAGGAGAGGAACGGCUAAGGACAAAGAGUUGAUGCCCCCACCUCAAGUCCCCCUCAGUCGUCGGCGACAGACUGACCGGACCACCUCGUCCAGUCACGACAACUUGGACGCAGGUCCACACCUGCGAGAUAGCGAUAGCUCCGACCUGCCCUACGUGCAGACUGUACCACGAUCGGAAUCCGAUCCAGCUAUGGCGAAAAAAAGCUUUUCGUAGCUCAGCUCUAUCCUACCCUAUCGUGUCUCGCUAGCCCAAGUGCACAAUGUGGCUGCUGAAAGCUUUACUCGUUUGGUUUUUAUUUCUUGGCAGUGAUAGAUUCUUACUUAAGGAAUGGAAGAAUUAAGAGUAACCUGAAGUUUGAAAGCUAUCAAGAAAUGUCAUCUUAAAACGAAUGAUUAUCUUUUAAAAACGCAUCAGGAUAUAGUUUAUGGAUAUAGUGUUUAAACAUUAUUUUCAAAUGACUUAGGUUUAGUUUCGCGCUGGAUUCUGAUUUUCGCGAUCUUGGCGAAUAUACUACAGAUAUUAUUUUAUGUAUAUCGAAAACAUUUGUAGUUCAAGGGCCUGAAAAUAUCAACACGAGUACUCUACCUAGGGACUGUGUACAUUUUUUUACCCAAAGUGUUUGUCAGUGAGUGAUUCAUAAAUAUUACGGAAUAUUCUUCAAAAAAGAAAAAAAAAAGAGGGUGAUCAAGGGGGGAUCAGAAAUCUAAUUCUGUUGAAAAAGCUGCUUUUUUCGUGUCUUUCGCUAUUACUGAUACUUUACAGCAAUCCUUGUGCGUCAGUGAUUCAACAGACAUAGGUCAAGUGUGUGUGCGUGCGUGAUCUUGCACCCUUUUGUAUAUGCAUAUAUCGUGUCUGUGCGUGCGUGUUUGUGUGUGUGUGCGUGUACGCGUACAAGCGCGUAUUCUAAUGCAAGCUUUAUGACGGAAAUAUUUGUUGCGGACUCAUUGUCUUUGUGAUAGACAUGAUGUGUCAAAUCCAUUUGCGAUUAAAGGAUUUAAAAGCACACGAACACCUUAUGAAAAGAAAUGAAAUUUCUCUUUUGUACGUAAUAUGAAUGCUUAAAUGAUAAAUCGUUUAACCUUUUAUUGGUACUUGCUCCCGGGACUUGCUCCACAAGUUGUAAAAAUGCACUUGUGGAAGGCUGCCAAUCAACUAUAAGAAUCUGCCAGUCCAGUAUGUCGACCGAAGAGAAACAUGAGCUGCGUUUGCUGCAAGGUUAGAAAUGAUGACACGGCUCUUGAAACCGGUAGGGUGCACAUUUCAUUUAGCCAAUGGGUGAGCUGGGGCAUGUCAAGCGUAUCUGCAUACAAAGGGGGCGUUGUGAAUGAUGAUUUUUGUAGACGCUGAUCGCAAGAUAGGAGGGAGGGUGGUACCCACCUUGAU